AGGAGGCCAGACGCGGGCCAUGGAGGCGGGGGGCUGCCGCUACCAGUUUCGGAUCGCUCUGCUGGGGGACGCGGCGGUGGGCAAGACAUCGCUGCUGCGGCGCUAUGUGGAGGGCGCGACCGGGACCCCGGAGCCCGAGCCGGAGCUCGAGUCAGCGCCCACGGUGGGCGUCGAGUUCUACAGCCGCGCGCUGCAGCUGCCGGCGGGGCCGCGCGUCAAGCUGCAGCUCUGGGACACCGCCGGCCAGGAGCGCUUCAGGUGCAUCACCAGGUCCUUUUACCGGAAUGUGGUGGGUGUCCUGCUGGUCUUUGAUGUGACAAACAGAAGAUCCUUUGAACACAUCCGAGAUUGGCACCAGGAGGUCACCGCCACUCAGGGUCCCAUCAAGGCAAUUUUCCUCCUAGUUGGCCAUAAGAGUGACCUGCAGAGCACCCGUUGUGUCUCAGCCCAGGAGGCGGAGGAGCUGGCUGCCUCCCUGGGCAUGGCCUUCAUGGAGACCUCAGCCAAAAAUAACUGCAGUGUGGACCUGGCCUUCAACACACUCGCUGACGCCAUCCAGCAGGCCCUGCAGCAGGGGGACAUCAAGCUGGAGGAGGACUGGGGGGGCAUCCGGCUCAUCAACAAGACUCAGAGCCCGAAGCCUCCCAGGAGGAAGCAGCAUGCAGGCUCAUGCCAGUGUUGACUCUGAGAGGGAAAGGGUUAAAGCAGUGCCAACCUCAGAAGUGUUGGUGGGAUGGAGAGAGUGUCUCUCUAAAGGGCAAAAUGGCAGAAUGUACCCGGAGGGUUCAUAUAAACAGUAUCCUGGCACAGUCACGCCUCCUGGAUUUUGGGGUCUUAGAGCUCAGCCUCUUUCCACCAGAAAGGUCUAGAGGCAAGUGUGCAGCUUCCUGUCCUUGAGCCUGUUUCCUCAGAGAAGAUCCUGCCUGGGGGGAAGAGGCACAGGAUGGGGUGUCCAUGAAUGAGAUGAUGGAUAUGCUCAGCCAGAGCCUGUCACAUGCUGAGAAUUGAAUGACAACAAGUGUCAUCACAACUUUCUUCCCUUGGCCUGGAUAUGGCCAUUUCCAGCAGCACUCCUGGGCUUGGACGCUGAGAAGCUCAGCGUCUGCACGCCGCUGCACAGGCGAGGAUGGGUGCAGGGAAUUUCAGGGCGAGCCUGGCUUGGAGCCUCCUUAGGUCCUCAGGCUUGGAUGAGUCUGAGCAUGGGAUUAAGGUACGGUUGUUGCUGCACAGUGCCCUUGCUCUACAGCCAGGCGCUGGGUCCAGAUCUGGGAAGCAGGGCUGGAGACCCAUAGCCUCCUUCCCACCCCACCCCUACCCUCACCCCCACCCCGCCCCCAAGCCCCAGAAGCUGGGAGUGCAGGAUGAGGAGGCACACUCUCUGGGAACUGCCCACUCCUCAGGGGCAGCCCCCAUUCCGCGUUGAUCUAAUGGGGGGAGGGUGUUCAAAGGACCAGCUCUCUUAUCCUAAAUCUGGACAAUUCUGAAGGUCAAAGCCCUUUUAUCACUCAUUAUGGUGUCGAUUGAAGCCACUCUUGUGACAUCACAGAUAAAUCCUCCCUCUUCUUGAUCCUGCUUUCCUACCCCAAGCAGGUAUUGAUCUCAAUGAGGCCCUAAUACAGUUGCCCCUUGAACAGCACAGAAUAGAACGGUUUGAACUGCGCGGGUUCACUUAUAGGCGGCUUUUUCUAAUUGCCCCGCACAGUUCAAACCAGUGUUAGUCCAGAGUGAGCUCCAUGGUUGGGAAUCCACGUAUGUGGUGAAGGGCCGAGUGUGGUUAUACACGGAUUUUCUACUGCGAGGGAGGUCAGUGCCCCUAAACUCAGAGUUGUCCCAGGGUCAACUGUAAAUGUCUACACACUAGGGUUCUUGGGAGGUUUCCAAUCAGGGUGAAUUUCUUAGCUUCCUCCCCCUGGGGGCUGGGCCAGAUGGGUCUCCCUGUGCACUGCCUUCUUCCUGCCUCUUUUUAAAACAGCUUUGCUCAUCCUUAUGACAAUCUUGCAAGGUUGGCAUAAUUGUUCCCAUUUCGCAGAUGGGAAAACUUAGGCCAGGAGAAGGAAAUGAUUGCUUUAUAGCAUAUUAUCAUUUCUUCAUCAAGUUUUUAAAAAUGGGCAUGUGCUCUGUUCUGGGCUUUGGGAAUACAGCAAUGAACAGGACAGAAAAGCCUGCCUGGGGCUGACGUUCUAGUGGAAGAGAGAGAAAACCACGAGUAAAUAAGUGAACCAAACUAUUUCCAGUUAUGGUAAGUGGUAUAAAGCGCACAGAUGAGGGAGAUGGGACUGAGAGUGACGGGCUCCUUCAGAGCAGUGGUUGGGUGGUUGGGGAGGGGCUCUCUGAGAAGAUAACCUUUGAGCUGAGACUUGGAGAAGGAGCGAGCUAAGAGGAGAGGUCUGGGCAGAAGGAACAGCUGCCAGCACUGAGCACUUCUUCCGCACUCUGUGAGGUAGGUACUAUGGUUAUUCCAUUUUACUGGCAUGGAGACUGAGGCCCAGAGAGGCUAAGAAGCCAGUAAGUAGAGAGGGGAGCCCCAAGGUAAAUAAGAGAGGGGGCACCUUCUAGGAAUUUCCUGGAGAUCUGAGAUCUGAGAAACUAGAAUGAAGAAACGGAGUGACCUUCAACUUGGUCUGUGGUUUCUUUUUUUUUUUUUUUUAAGAUUUUAUUGGGGAAGAAGAACAGGACUGUAUUGGGGGAGAAGUAUGUA